AUGCUGGUGAAGAUAUUAUCAUUUCUUCCGACAAAAGAAGCUGUAUCAACUUGUGUUUUGUCUAAUCGAUGGGAGUUUCUUUGGAUGUGGUUGUCUAAACUCGAGUUCAAUUCUCAGUCGGAUCCAAGGCCUGGACUUGGGGAUUUUUUAGACAAGAAGUUGCCAUUACAUAGAGCUCCCGUCAUAGAAAGCUUGUGUUACCACGUAACUUGUAAUUCACAUAUUAAACCUAAAAAUGUGAAACAGUGGAUUGAAAUCACAAUUUCUCGCUGUGUACGUGAGCUGGAAAUUGAUUAUUAUCCCAAUGGUGAAAAAGUCUUCAUAUUUCUCAGUAGCUUGUUUACCUGCAAAUCGCUCGUGACCUUGAAACUCCAACACAUAAAUCACACGGAUGUUCCCUAUAUGGUUUGUUUUCACGCUCUUAAAACUUUGCAACUUGACGCUGUGUCAUUCGUAGAUGGAACAUCUCUUCAGGAUAUGGUGGCUACGACGCUGGUAUGUGAUAAAUACUCCAUCAAGUAUUUGAAACUUGAAGACUGGAAUGAAGAGGAACAUUACUGUUUGAUUAAGAAUAUGCCUAAGCUGAGGGAAGCAUAUGUCGUGUCCCUUAAUCCCAAGAGUCUUAUGGGAUCAAUCACAUUUGUCAAGCGUCUAACAAUAUGUUCAGAGCCGAUCCCGACCACCUGGACACUGUCGCUAUCGCUGCUUCCUGUCGCCACCGCACCAGUCGUAGGGAACGCUCUGAUUCCUCCACCGACUCCCAGCUCCGAUCAAUCACCGUCAACCUCAUCACCAGCCGUCGACUUGAAUCCUGCUUCCUCCUCCUCAUCGAGUCCACAACCAUCUAGAGGUGUCAAAUGGUCCGUCCAUAGACCAUCUGGGUGA